CUGUACACCAACUAGCCACAACCACCUGACGAGGGACUUGAAGUGCUACUUAAAAAUUCCACUCCGACGCAUGCUGCUGCUAGCUAGCAGGCGGUUUUAAGAAAUGUGAAGUUAACUUUUUGUGUCUCGAUUUUCUUUAAACACAAUGCAGGCCAAGGGAUUUGCUGUAGUCCACCACCAGUAAAGGUAACGGUACGUUAUCUUAGGUAGGUAGCCUAGUAGCAAACUUAACGCUAACUAGUUAUGUUACGGACAACUAGCUAGCUUGCUAACGAUUGGUUAGCAGUUGCUAACCGCAUUAACCUAGUUAGCAAAAUACAAUAAAAAGUUAAAUCUAAAUAGCUAACGUUAGAUACAUCGCCAAAUACGAUUUAGGCGUUUGUUGCCAUUUAGCUAGCUAGCUAGCUAGCUCGUUAGCUAGCUAGGAAGUUGGCUGGCUAGCUAGCUAACUAGGAAGUUGGCUGGCUAGCUAGCUAGCUAGCUAGCUAGGAAGUUGACUGGCUAGCUUGGUCAGAUCAGUUGUAUGGUAAUUUUUAUAGCCCAUGUAUGUAUUGGAAAGACACGGGUAGUCGCAAAUUGGUGAAUUAUAUAUUUUUAGCAGUCUGACAGCGAGUCUGAUUCCCGGGUGGGUCUGAAAAAGAAUUUACAGUAUUUAUCAAUAUUAAAUAAAUGACCAAUUGCUGCUGGUGACUGGUUGUACCGUAAAGUGAUGUUGACAUUACUUUUUUUUAAUAAGUUGUUCUGUCAUAUCUAACAAUCGACUGUUCUCAGUUUAGAGAUUGUCAUCAGGGCUUUUUGACGAGUUUGUUUUUGUAGUUUAUUGGUGCAAAAUGGAUGUUAAGAUGGAGGACGAUGAAGCAGAGAGAUCCCAAGUAACCAUUUGGUCUGAUUCAAUUAAUGCCUGCAUAGAUUACCCACAUUCUCCAGUGUCAGGAAACACAGAAACAAGUUAUCUGGAAACCAAAACCAAUUCAACAUAUAAACAUGACUAUACAGUGAUCCAAACUACCAACAAUUUAUCAGGCAGUUAUUUUCCUUCUGAGAUUGAUGUAAAGCUUGAGGAGAAUGACAUGGGAAUAUCCCCAACUGUCCCAUGGUCUUCAUGUUCCUAUGUGGGUUUACCAAAAGAGCAUUCACAUGUACCUUCCAUCAGUUCCCAAACAACAAGUCAAGGGCAGAUUUUACGUCUUUUCCCUGAAAAGACAUGCACAAGUGAUGGGGAGAAUAACGCUGUCAAAAUGGUUUAUUUCUGUAAUGCCCAAGAUCCCGUUAGUACAUCUGAAGGGCAUUUUCUCAAAGAGGAGUCAUGGCAUGGAUCACCGUCCAGUGAUAUUCCCAUAGCAAAUGCAUUCACCCUAUGUGGUUCAUUUGAAGCUCAAAUCAACCCAUCUUCACAGGUGUUUAGCAUAAACCAAACCCAGACCAAUAUUGAAUUGCCAUUGCCUGCUGAAAAUGUUAAUCUAGCAAGAUAUAGUACUGACAUUACUUCUGUGCUAACCUCGCCUGCUACAGAAAGCGGAUGUAAUUUAGCUGUAUCUACUAGAUCGAGGCCUAUUCUUUCUGAUUACUGUGAGCCAUUCAACUUUCCUUCUGAUGAAGACGAAGACUACAAUGGCGAUGGAAGACGAAGACUUCAAUGCCAAAAAACAGUAGAGGAUGAGUAUAUACGGCAGUGUCGUGUCAGUUACUCAAGAAAAACCCCAAGACAUUUUGGAAAGUAUUGGAAAGCUCCAUACAAGAAGUGCAAGGAAAUGGGUGUAGUUUUCAAUGUUGGAUCUGGAGCGAAACAGAAACUUGAUCGUCAUUUACUGACAAAUGGUGUAAUGGCUGAGGUGUCUGAAUAUGCUAAAGAGAUUAAAAGAGCUCACCGGCAUGUUAUCUAUGAUAUUCUAGAAUACAACUUUGAUCUUGGUGUUGGUAGUGAAUUACAAUUUGAUUUUGGCAGCCGGAUUAUGUUAAAACUAAAAGAAAUGAUGAAAAAGAAGUACAAGAGGACACAACCUGGAUGGUUAGCAGAAGUGUUUGAAUUUCCUGAUCCAAAGACAAUGAAAGCAACUAACUACUCUCGUCAAUGGGCAAGGUCCAAUUUGCAUAACAGCGUCUCAAAAAAUCGAACACCCUUUGACAUCUGUAUAAAGGAGGAGCCUGUUGUGGACCUGAUAUCUCCUCCGCAUGUGAAGACUGAAAGCCUCUUUACUGAGACAGUUUUAACACGGUGUGCGGAUGAGACCGCACUCUUUGGUCCUGAAAAUGGACCUCAUGAAAUAUGCACAAAGGAUGAGGCUGAUCUGGCUGUGAUCUAUCCUCAACAUGUCCAGACAGAAAGCGUCUUCACUCAGACAGACAUAACAAUGGAGGAAUCCUUAAUGAUGCCCACAUUAGAAGAAGCAUUGGAGUACCUCUACCCUCUCUGCAAGGAAAAAGGACUUGACCUGGAUGUGAAAUCUAAAUGUGUGAAAAAGGAGAAACUUGACUUGCAUCUAUUGACCAGAGAUGUAAUGUUUGAAGUGGCUGAUUUUGCUUCAGACGUGUGUGGAAAUUACAGGCAGAUUGUCUGUGAUGUUCUAGACCAAAAUUUUGAUCUGGAUUUACAAAGUGGGAAAACUGAGCUGGCUGAAGAGAUUAUGGAUGCGUUACGCAUUUUGAAGAAAAAGCCAUUUUUACAAGGUGAAAAGAGAUGUGCAUUUGACAAGGAUACUUUCCUGAAAAAACGACGCAAACGAAAGAAUCCUGCAGAGAUUUGCAGUAACCAGAAUUUCACUACAGCAUCACUUGAGUUGAAAUACCGAAGACGGAAAGAAGUAACAAAAAGGAGGAGGUUGGAUUUAAUGAGAAAAAAAAAAGAAAUGGACAUGUUAUUAGCCAGGGUGUCGAAGGGAGGCGAUUUGCUGGAAGUCAGACAAGUAGAACCUCAUUGGGUCCAGCUAGAGAGCAUCUCUGAUAAGAUUGACCUUGCACUUUGUGCUGAUGAAACGAAGCAAAAUGUUACCAAUUUAGACCAUUCAAAUGUGACGUUUAACACCAAAGAACUGGUGAAAGACUGCUACCCACUCUGUCAUGAAAUAGGUCUGGGCCUUGAUGUUGCAUCCAAACCUGCAUUCACUCACUGUGGUUAUUUUGAAGCUCAAAUCAACCCAACUUCACAGGUGUUUAGCGUAAACCAAACCCAGACCAAUAUUGAAUUGCCAUUGCCUGCUGAAAAUGUUCAUCUAGCAAGAUAUAGUACUGCCGUUCCUUCUGUGCUAACCUCACCUGCUACAGAAAGCGGAUGUAAUUUAGCUGUAUCUACUAGACCGAGGCCUAUUCUUUCAGAUUAUUGUGAACCAUUCAACUUUCCUUCUGAUGAAGACGAAGACUCCAAUGCCGAUAGAAGACGAAGACUGCAAUGCCAAAAAGCGGUAGAGGAUAAAUAUAUACGGCAGUGGCGUGUCAGUUACUCAAAACAUAACCCAAGAGAUUGUGGAAAGUAUUGGAAAGCUCCAUACACGAAGUGCAAGGAAAUUGGUGUAGAUUUCAAUGUUGAAUCUGGAGUGAAACAGAAACUUGAUCGUCAUUUACUGACAAAUGGUGUAAUGGUUGAGGUGUCUGAAUAUGCUAAAGCUAUUAAAAGCGCUGAACAGCGUGUUAUCUAUGAUAUUCUAGAAUACAACUUUGAUCUUGGUGUUUGUAAUGAAGUACAAUAUACUUUUUCUGCCCGGACUAUGGCAAAACUUAAAGACAUGAAAAAGAAUUACAAGAAGAUACAACCUGGGUGGUUAGCAGAAGUGUUUGAACUUCCUGAUCCAAAGACAAUGAAAGCAAGUAACUACUCUCUUACAUGGGCAAGGUCCAAUUUGCAUGACAGCGUCUCAGAAAAUCGUACACCCUUUGACAUCUGCAUAAAGGAGGAGCCUGUUGUGGACCUGAUAUCUCCUCCGCAUGUGAAGACUGAUAGCCUCUUUACUGAGACAGUUUUAACACGGUGUGCGGAUGAGACCGCACUCUUUGGUCCUGAAAAUGGACCUCAUGAAAUAUGCACAAAGGAUGAGGCUGAUCUGGCUGUGAUCUAUCCUCAACAUGUCCAGACAGAAAGCGUCUUCACUCAGAAAUACAUAAAAAUGGAGGAAUCCUUAAUGAUGCCCACAAUAGAAGAAGCAUUGGAGUACCUCUACCCUCUCUGUAAGGAAAAAGGACUUGACCUGGAUGUGAAAUCUAAAUGUGUGAAAAAGGAGAAACUUGACUUGCAUCUAUUGACCAGAGAUGUAAUGUUUGAAGUGGCUGAUUUUGCUUCAGACGUGUGUGGAAAUUACAGGCAGAUUGUCUGUGAUGUUCUAGACCAAAAUUUUGAUCUGGAUUUACAAAGUGGGAAAACUGAGCUGGCUGAAGAGAUUAUGGAUGCGUUACGCAUUUUGAAGAAAAAGCCAUUUUUACGAGGUGAAAAGAGAUGUGCAUUUGACAAGGAUACUUUCCUGAAAAAACGACGCAGACGAAAGAAUCCUGCAGAGAUUUGCAGUAACCAGAAUUUCACUACAGCAUCACUUGAGUUGAAAUACCGAAGACGGAAAGAAGUAACAAAAAGGAGGAGGUUGGAUUUAAUGAGAAAAAAAAAAGAAAUGGACAUGUUAUUAGCCAGGGUGUCGAAGGGAGGCGAUUUGCUGGAAGUCAGACAAGUAGAACCUCAUUGGGUCAAGCUAGAGAGCAUCUCUGAUAAGAUUGACCUUGCACUUUGUGCUGAUGAAACGAAGCAAAAUGUUAUCAACUUAGACCAUUCAAAUGUGACGUUUAACACCAAAGAACUGGUGAAAGACUGCUACCCACUCUGUCAUGAAAUAGGUCUGGGCCUUGAUGUUGCAUCCAAACCUGCAUUCACUCACUGUGGUUAUUUUGAAGCUCAAAUCAACCCAACUUCACAGGUGUUUAGCGUAAACCAAACCCAGACCAAUAUUGAAUUGCCAUUGCCUGCUGAAAAUGUUCAUCUAGCAAGAUAUAGUACUGCCGUUCCUUCUGUGCUAACCUCACCUGCUACAGAAAGCGGAUGUAAUUUAGCUGUAUCUACUAGACCGAGGCCUAUUCUUUCAGAUUAUUGUGAACCAUUCAACUUUCCUUCUGAUGAAGACGAAGACUACAAUGCCGAUAGAAGACGACGAAGACUGCAAUGCCAAAAAGCGGUAGAGGAUAAAUAUAUACGGCAGUGGCGUGUCAGUUACGCAAAACAUAACCCAAGAGAUUGUGGAAAGUAUUGGAAAGCUCCAUACAAGAAGUGCAAGGAAAUUGGUGUAGAUUUCAAUGUUGGAUCUGGAGUGAAACAGAAACUUGAUUGUCAUUUACUGACAAAUGGUGUAAUGGUUGAGGUGGCUGAAUAUGCUAAAGAGAUUAAAAGAGCUCAACAGCAUGUUAUCUAUGAUAUUCUAGAAUACAACUUUGAUCUUGGUGUUUGUAAUGAAGUACAAUAUACUUUUUCCUCCCGGACUAUGGCAAAACUAAAAGACAUGAAAAAGAAUUACAAGAAGAUACAACCUGGGUGGUUAGCAGAAGUGUUUGAACUUCCUGAUCCAAAGACAAUGAAAGCAAGUAACUACUCUCUUACAUGGGCAAGGUCCAAUUUGCAUGACAGCGUCUCAGAAAAUCGUACACCCUUUGACAUCUGCAUAAAGGAGGAGCCUGUUGUGGACCUGAUAUCUCCUCCGCAUGUGAAGACUGAAAGCCUCUUUACUGAGACAGUUUUAACACGGUGUGCGGAUGAGACCGCACUCUUUGGUCCUGAAAAUGGACCUCAUGAAAUAUGCACAAAGGAUGAGGCUGAUCUGGCUGUGAUCUAUCCUCAACAUGUCCAGACAGAAAGCGUCUUCACUCAGAAAGACAUAAAAAUGGAGGAAUCCUUAAUGAUGCCCACAUUAGAAGAAGCAUUGGAGUACCUCUACCCUCUCUGUAAGGAAAAAGGACUUGACCUGGAUGUGAAAUCUAAAUGUGUGAAAAAGGAGAAACUUGACUUGCAUCUAUUGACCAGAGAUGUAAUGUUUGAAGUGGCUGAUUUUGCUUCAGAAGCGUGUGGAAAUUACAGGCAGAUUGUCUGUGAUGUUCUAGACCAAAAUUUUGAUCUGGAUUUACAAAGUGGGAAAACUGAGCUGGCUCAAGAGAUUAUGGAUGGGUUAGGAGUAGUUUGGAUGAGAAAGACACAUUUACAAGGUCGAAAGAGAUGUGAAUUUUACAAGGAUACUUUCAUGAAAAAACGUCGCAAACAAAAGAAUUCUGCAGAGUUUUCCAAUCACCAGAAGGCCACUACAGUAACACUUGAGCCGAAAUACCAAAGACUGAAAGAAGUAACAAAAAGGAGGAGGUUGGCUUUAAUGAUGAAAAAAAAAAAAAGAAAUGGACAUGUUAAUAGCCAGGGUGUCGAAGGGAGGCGAUUUGCUGGAAGUCAGACAAGUAGAACCUCAUUGGGUCCAGCUAGAGAGCAUCUCUGAUAAGAUUGACCUUGCACUUUGUGCUGAUGAAUCGAAGCAAAAUGUUACCAACUUAGAUAUGUGAAGUUUAACACACAAAUGGGUUUAAGAGUGCUACCCGAUCUCUCAUGAAAUAGGUCUGGACAUUGAUGUUGCAUCCUAACCUGCAAAAACGAAACUGGAAUUGAAUUUUCUGACUAACAGUGUCGUUAUCGAGGUUCAUACAUACUUGCGUAAGAAUCGUUGAGGUAAGAUUGGAAAAGAUGGGUGGAUAUUUUGUUUGCUCUCUGAUAUUCUAGAAUACAAUUUUGAUCGUAGUUUGCAAAAUCAGAGACGUUAUCAAGCUCAAUUAUGUAUUUAGAGUAAAGUGACGGUUCGAAAACACAAACCUGAGCUCUUGGGAAAGGGUCAAAUGUCGAAAGAAGUGUUCAUAAUACCUAAUGUUUAUUUAAAGCCGUGCAACAACAAAAAAAAACAGUGCUUUCAGAUGAUUUACCUAAAGGAAUAUCAAAGCAAUCUCACGGAAAACCAUGGAACAAGAUGCAAGACUGGUAUAUCCUAAUCAUGGCAAACACUAUCGCCACGAAGAGCAUUUAAUCAAAGAUUGUUCAUGGAAUGGCUCAAUGCCAAUUGAUAUUCUGAUAGGAAAUGUAUUCAGCCUCCCAGAAUUGUCACUACGCAUUGCAGAAAAGGGUUCUUUUGAAAGUCAAGUCAACCCAACUUCAGAUAUUUAGCCAAACACCAACUGAACGACAAGAUCAGGCCAACAAUCUCCCGAAACAUGGUACUGCCAUACCUUUUGUUCUAUCCUCAUCUGCUACAGAAAUCGGCUGCAAUGUAGAACUACCUACCUAAUAUCAAAGAAAUCUCACGGAAAACCAUGGAACAAGAUGCAAGACUGGUAUAUCCUAAUCAUGGCAAACACUAUCGCCACGAAGAGCAUUUAAUCAAAGAUUGUUCAUGGAAUGGCUCAAUGCCAAUUGAUAUUCUGAUAGGAAAUGUAUUCAGCCUCCCAGAAUUGUCACUACGCAUUGCAGAAAAGGGUUCUUUUGAAAGUCAAGUCAACCCAACUUCAGAUAUUUAGCCAAACACCAACUGAACGACAAGAUCAGGCCAACAAUCUCCCGAAACAUGGUACUGCCAUACCUUUUGUUCUAUCCUCAUCUGCUACAGAAAUCGGCUGCAAUGUAGAACUACCUACCUAAUAUCAAAGAAAUCUCACGGAAAACCAUGGAACAAGAUGCAAGACUGGUAUAUCCUAAUCAUGGCAAACACUAUCGCCACGAAGAGCAUUUAAUCAAAGAUUGUUCAUGGAAUGGCUCAAUGCCAAUUGAUAUUCUGACAGGAAAUGUAUUCAGCCUCCCAGAAUUGUCACUACGCAUUGCAGAAAAGGGUUCUUUUGAAAGUCAAGUCAACCCAACUUCAGAUAUUUAGCCAAACACCAACUGAACGACAAGAUCAGGCCAACAAUCUCCCAAAACAUGGUACUGCCAUACCUUUUGUUCUAUCCUCAUCUGCUACAGAAAUCGGCUGCAAUGUAGAACUACCUACUAGUCCUCCUCUUUCAGCCAAUUGUGAAUCAUUUGAACUUUCCCUCUGAAGUCUUGAAUGUCAAAACUGUAGAGGAUGAAUAUAAACUCAGCAGAAAAAGAAAUGUCCUCUCACUGUCAACUGCAUUUAUUUUCAGCAAACUUAACGUGUAAAUAUUUGUAUGAACAUGAUUCAACAACUGAGACAUAAACUGAACAAGUUCCACAGACAUCUGACUAACCGUAAUGGAAUAAUGUGUCCCUGAACAAGGGGGGUCAAAAUCAAAAGUAACAGUCAGUAUCUGGUGUGGCCACCAGCUGCAUUAAGUACUGCAGUAAAUCUCCUCAUGGACUGCACCAGAUUUACCAGUUCUUGCUGUGCGAUACCCCACUCUUCCACCAAGGCACCUGCAAGUUUCCAGACAUUUCUGAGGGGAUUGGCCCUAACCCUUAUCCUCCGAUCCAACAGUUCCCAGACGUGCUCAAUGGGAUUGAGAGCCGGGCUCUUUGCUGGCCAUGGCAGAACACUGACAUUAAUGUCUUGCAGGAAAUCACGCACAGAAUGAGCAGUAUGGCUGGUGGCAUUGUCAUGCUGGAGGGUUAUGUCAGGAUGAGCCUGCAGGAAGGGUACCACAUGAGGGAGGAGGAUGCCUUCCCUGUAACGCACAACUUUGAGAUUGCCUGCAAUGACAACAAACUCAGUCCGAUGAUGCUGUGACACCGCCCCAGACCUGACGGACCCUCCACCUCCAAAUCGAUCCCUCGCCAGGGUACUGGUGUAAUGCUCAUUCCUUCGACGAUAAAUGCAAAUCUGACCAUCACCCCUUGUGAGAGAAAACCGCGACUCGGCAGUGAAGAGCACUUUUUGCCAGUCCUGUCUGGUCUAGCGACGGUGGGUUACAAUUUGUUGCCCUGGCCACAUCUGCAGUCCUCAUGCCUCCUUGCAUGCCUAAGGCAUGUUCACGCAGAUGAGCAGGGACCUUGGGCAUUUUCUUUUGGUGUUUUUCAGAGUCAGUAGAACGGUGUCUUCAGUGUCCUAAGUUUUUAUAACUGUGACCUUAAUUGCCUACUGUCUUUAAGCUGUUAGUAUCUUAACGACUGUUCCACAGCUGCAUGUUUGUUAAUUGUUUAUGGUUCAUUGAACAAGCAUGGGAAACAGUGUUUAAACCCUUUACAAUGAAGAUCUGUGAAGUUAGUUGGAUUUUUACGAAUUAUCUUUGAAAGACAGGAUCCUGAAAAAGGGACAUUUAUUUUUUUUCCUAAGUUUAUUUUUUCAGUGUCGUCAGUUACUCAACCUUCCCCAAAAUGGGCUGAAAGAUAUUUGAAAGUGCCAAGAAAUAGGCUUAGAAUUGAAUGUCGGAAUUGGAGCAAAAUAUUAUUUUGAUUUGCAUUUUUACUGGCUAAUGCUGUAAUGGUUGAGGUUUUGGAUUUAGGUAAGUGGAUUAGUAGAGCUUGCCAACAUGAUGGCUGAGAUAUUGUAGAAUACAACUUUGAUCUUCUUUUGCAAAAUGAGUAACGAUAUGACUUUAAAAAUGGCCAGAAGCAAGAUGCAUUACAAGAGAAGAAAACCUGGGUGGUUAACAGAAGUGUUUGAACUUCCUGAUCCAAAGACAAUGAAAGCAGGACAAUACUCCCUUACAUGGGCAAAAACAUAUUGGCAUACAGUGCCUUCGGAAAGUUUUCAGACCCCUUGACUUUUUCCACAUUUUGUUACGUUACAGCCAUAUUGUAACAUUUAUUAAAUUAAACAAUGUCCUUAGCAAUCUGCGUUCCAAAGUGCUACCCACGCUGCAAGGAAAUAGGCCUGGACCUCGACAUUGCAUCCAAACCUGCAAAAAACAAAACUUAAAUUUCAGUUACUGGUAAUGGUGUAAAUAUUUACUAAUAGGAUGUAAAAAGGCUAAAGGAUAUGCGUCUUUUAUCUCUGAUAGCCUAGAAUACAUUUUUGAUCUUAAAGUGGAACUGACAGCGUUUUAGCAAUAUGUAAUCUUAGAUCUGUUCAUAUACAUCCCAGGAAGAUUAUAUAUAUUUUUAUUUACCGUUUUCAGACACGUGAUCACUUUUAGAUAUGGUCGUUUUUAUAAAUUCAUUGAAUGUUUGAGAAUGAAAUAUAGUAAGGCAUUUGUGAAAAUUCUAUAAGAAUAUAGUCAGAGGUGUCCACAUACUUUUGUGUAUGGGAUUUGUGUUAACGGUUAAAUCUUUAAAUAGUGGAUUUUGCAGAUUCCCUUGGCCUCCUGUUGGUUCACUUUUGUUCUUGCUGUGAAGACUGAUUUAUUUCUAGACGUAUUUUUUCUUCCCCAUUAAACGACAUGUUCAUUGACUAGCCUAACUUUUCUACCUUUCAAAGCCUCUGUAGAUGAACCUCCUGAUCUUUUUUGAUGUGAAAAAUCCUAUGGAUAAUCUUUCUUUUUGCAAGUUUGUUUUUCAGCCAUUUUUGGAGUGACUUAUCAGUGGGCUAUUUCUAUUUCAUAAAAAAAAAAAAAUUUGAGGAGAGAUUAAGAAAGACACUGCAUCAAGACUUGCUUUGCAGUUACCCAUACUUUUCUAUUUUAAGGUCAACUAUGAAGUGAAAGUAUUUUUAUUUUUAAGGACACUUUCAUUGACAUUCUCAGGUGUUCCUCUGACACCUGUGGCAUUACAAGGUAUGCAAGUAAAUGUGUGACUGAGAUGCACAUUGCAGCUUUUUCUACUGCUUGCCAUUCAAACUUUAAAACUUGCAAACCGGUCUAUCCGGGAUCCUUGAGACAUCGCUACCGCAUUGUUUUGAAACACCAUGGAAACACUAAGAAUGUACAGCAACUUUUUUUUAAUGUCUACUUGGCAUUUUCUUUGUUGGACUUUUUGUCACCUUUUUUAGACAAAUGAGUGGAUUGUCUUUGUUUAUAUUUUAAUGAAUAAAUAUCUACUUUUUUUUGUCAUUUAGACACUUAUCCAAGUGCUUACAGGUUCGUGGAUGUUUUUGUGAUAUACAUUUUUCUGAGCAGAUGUUAGUUUCAGCCAUUUUUGGAGGCUGAUUUAUUUUAUUUUUUUCCUUUUUUUUCUUGGGAGGAUUAACACACUUUUUUGAAAGUCUUCAUACUUCUCCCAUUUGUGGACUGCUUAAAAGGAGUUUCUUUCUGGCAUACUUUGGAGUGUCUUUGGAACAAAGGGUGCUGCGUCUCUGUGUCAACCGGCUGAGCAUGCGCCCCAAAAGCAGAAUGGUCUUUCCGUCCUUUCUGCUAAGUUUGACAGAACUCUUCAGAAACUACCAUGGUGGUUUCCAGCUUCAGCCAGCCCAGGACUUUAAGAUAGACCGUCUGUCUGGCCUCUCUUAGGUCUCCUGCAACAAACACCACACCUUCCGCUCAUGAUCCCCUCACCGCUCAAAUGGCUCCUCGCCAAGUCCCCACACACCACCCUACGCCAACGCCAACCGAUCUACUCCCCACGUAGUGAGAAUGGUACGCCCCGGCUCUAUGAUUAGACCUCAUUGCUGUCGGAAGAUACCACUCCAGAGCGGGGGUGGUCGCCUGUGAGGAAUGGACACAGCGGGAGGGGCAAAAUGGACCAAUGGGAGUGCAGUGCUGAGAGGGGAGGUAGGAACACUCAACCCCUCCCCCUGAGCCCCCUCCGCAGGACUGAACCCUCUCGACAGGGAGGGAGAGGGGGGACUGGGACAGACAGGGAAGGGGAAACAAGUGAACAGAUAUUCGCCAGGACAGUUGCAGAAUGGCCACCAUGGAAACAUACCACCUGUACUAGUUCAGGACAUGAGAUCGCCACGUUGACCAUCUUUAAGACGAAACAGUCUCUGGGUAUCAGUAUCUCAGGAGGGAUGGAGAAUGAGAUGAUGUUUCCAGGAGGAGCUGCCUCUACCAGUGACGCUCUGAUGGCGAGGUAUGAGCUGGUUUCAGUGGACGGUGAGUCUCUGCAGCGUGUGACCCAUCCGCAUGCAGUGUUCAGCAACAAGGCCAAUGACCCAGUGGUGUUCGUCAAGAUUUUCAAGGGAACAGCUGACUUGCAUCAGAGGAAUCCACUGUCAGGCUUACACAAGUACUACACACAGUAUUUUUAUUGAACCUUUAUUUAACUAGGCAAGUCAGUUACAAUGACGGCCUACAGCGGCCAAACCCGGAAGACGCUAGGCCAAUUGUGCGCCGCCCUAUGGGACUCCCAAUCACAAACAUAUGUGAUGCAUUCUGGAUUCGAACCAGAGACUGUAGUGACGGCUCUUGCACUGAGAUGUAGUGCCUUAGACCGCUGCCCCACUCGGGAGCCCAGUACUACUGGCCUGUCUACAAGGAUGCUCUGAGGUGCAGUUCACCCAUCCACUGGAAAUUAUCUGAAAUGGUGUUCAAACCAGAACACAUGUCGACUUAAAGAGGAGGAGAUGGCUCGCUCCAGCUAGGCUGUAAUGGAAGGGAAUGGUCUAUUCUCAGAGGAGAGCAGCAUGGGUACCUCGACACUGACCAAUAAGCUUGCUUCUCCUCUAGGGCAAAAAGGAUAAUGGUUGUUUCCAUAGCAAACAGGAAAUACUGCCAAAAUUAAAAUGUUUUUACAUUUUGUUGUAACUGCAGUCGACAUGUGGGACUACUGUGCUUGCUUUGUGUAUAACAAUAAUGUGAUAAAUACUAUUUAUCAAAGAUGGA